GUUCCAUCAUUUCAUUGGACUGGAAACUUCCGGCUUCUUCCUCUUGGUGCAGUUUCCCAUAACAGGUGAAACAAACGCCAUUAUGAGUCAAUAGCUGGAUCAGAUUGUGGCUAAAUUUAAUUAAUCUGAACACAGAUUCAGAUUCCCUAACAUUUCGCCCUGUUUGCCGUUCGGGAUUACCGAGUAUUUACCGGUUGUCAACUGUUGCGGAUUAGUUUAGCUUGAAGCGGACCACAACAAUGAUGGCGUCUAGCUAUAACGCUAAGGAGGAGGACGGACACCACUCGGGAUCUUCAACUCACGGCGGGACGGGGGCUCCGAAAAAUAAAAAGCCGGACAAUACAGCGUUCAAACAGCAGAGACUUCCAGCUUGGCAGCCUAUAUUGACUGCCGGUACUGUGCUGCCUGCUUUCUUCGUUAUCGGACUCAUAUUCAUCCCCAUCGGGAUCGGCCUGUAUGUGACUUCAAACAACAUAAAAGAGUACGAGGUUGAUUACACUGGUGUGGAGCCUAACAGUCCUUGCUACGACUGCGCCAAUAGCUUCACCUGGAACAGCACAACACCAUGCGUCUGCACUGUGAACUUCACGCUGACGCAGCCGUUUGAGAGCAAUGUCUACAUGUACUACGGUCUGUCCAACUUCUACCAGAACCACAGACGCUACGUGAAGUCCAGAGAUGACAGCCAGCUAAAUGGAGUUCAAUCCUCUUUAACGAACCCCAGCAAGGAAUGUAAGCCGUACCUUACAAACCCGGAGACUAAGCUGCCCAUAGCUCCAUGUGGAGCCAUAGCAAACAGCCUUUUCAAUGACACCCUGGAGCUGUAUUACAGCCAACCCGACGGCAACACGUCAAAAGUUACUCUGGUAAAGAGGGGCAUUGCUUGGUACACAGACAAGAACGUGAAGUUCAGGAAUCCUGGAAACGACAAGGACAACUUGACUGAACGUUUCAAAGGCACGGCUAAGCCAGUGAACUGGCUGAAGCCGGUGUACGAGUUGGACCCGUCAGAUCCUGAAAACAACGGCUUCAUCAACGAAGACUUCAUCGUGUGGAUGCGCACAGCCGCCCUGCCCACCUUUCGGAAGCUCUAUCGCAUCAUCCAAAAGAAGCCGGACUCAACUCCGACUCUAGCCAGUGGCAAAUACGUCUUGAAGAUCACUUACAAUUACCCCGUCCGCAGCUUUGAUGGCCGGAAGCGGAUGAUUUUGAGCACCAUUUCUUGGAUGGGAGGGAAGAACCCCUUCCUGGGUAUCGCCUACAUCACAGUGGGCUCCAUCUGCUUCUUCCUGGGUGUCGUCCUUCUUAUUAUCCACCAAAAAUACGACACCCGCAGCAACAGCGCAGAUAUUCCUAACUAAAUCGCUCCUGUGUUGGGUCUUCCAAGUCUGCAUGCGCCGGUGACCCUGACGGGUCUAUUCUGGACUGCUUAGUUGCUUUAGGUCGGAUACACUGUGAAUGUCUGGUGUGUUUGCACAAUGGCAGGCAUGUCUGAAGCAUCAUAUCUUAGCUCCGUUUACCUCUUCCUCAUCUGUGUGU